GACCGUCUCUAAAGUUCUGUUCCCUAUUUCUCUUCCCUUUCCCUCCUCCUUGGGAUGUCCGCAACCAACUCCUCUCCCUCUCAAAUAUUAUAUAGUUUGUCCGUGAAUUAUUAUACUGACUAGUAUUCAAAUCAUUCAUGUCAUCCAUUUCUAUUUUCUCAGUGUGGAGCUGCGACUGUUUUCUUUUCCCAAUCUUAUAAUAUUACCUUAAACCAACCCAUGUAUAGAUAUAUAUAUAUAUAUAUAGACACAGGGAUGAACCCACCUGCAGUCCAAUUUCCCUUCUCUUUCUCCGCUCCUCCUCCUUAUAUAUACCUUCUCGUAUUCUCGCCUCCUGUAACUCUCUACUCCAAUCUUCUUCUAUAUAAGGGAUAGAUGGAAGCAAGGAUUACUAGGGAGAUCAUGUCAGGGAUCCAGUGCCAGUCCAAGAACAACACCAGUCCCCGUCUCAAGCUCUUCGGCUUCCACGUGUCCGAGGACGAGGAGUCCGUCGACCGCCCUGGCCCGCCGGAGGCCGGGCUGGGCUCGGAUUCCUCCUCCUCCUCCACCACUACCACCACCGCUACCGCCUCCGGAAGCGGCGACGGCCGGAAGUAUGAGUGCCAGUACUGCUGCCGCGAGUUCGCCAACUCCCAGGCCCUCGGUGGUCACCAGAACGCCCACAAGAAGGAGCGCCAGCAGCUCAAGCGCGCCCAGCUGGCCGCCGGGGGCGGGCUCCGGUCACCUCCCGGUGCGCUCUACCCCCGCGCGAACCCCAUGGUCUCCGCCUUCGCUCCGCCUUCCCACCUCCUCCCGGACUCCGCCUCCCCACUCGCCAGCCCGGCGGGCCCCACCGGAUGGGUCUACUUUUCCCGCGCCGCCCCUCCCUUCCACGUCUCGCAUGGCUGCGUCUUCCCCUCCUCCGCCAGGGCCUCGUCCCCGGCCUUCUACUCCGCCGCCGGCUACAGCCAUGGCGACGGGGGUGCCGCCCGGCUUUUCGGCGACGACCGGAACCGUCAACCCGCGAGGUUCACCGUUUCAGCUCCCAACGCGACGUCAGCGGACUCGGUCAGCGCGGAUGACGGGUUCGGGUUGGACCUCCAGCUGCGGCUUUCCUCCGGAGCUUGACUCGGUUGCUAGACUCGUCCUGACUAGGUUCUUCGCUGGACUCCGCGAUCAGACGGUGCAUUACACCAAUAUCUGAUGGAUAAGAUGUCCAUUGUAUAAUUUUUUUUUUUCAUUUUUCUAUUUGGAAUUUUGGUUUUAGUUUUGCCUCAAUGAAAUGACGUUGCGCAAUUCAAUAAAUUUUUAUAUUAAAACUACAGUAAAUAUAUGUUUGCAAUUUUUUAUGUGUUUUUUAUAAUUUUAAAAGUAAUUGUAAUCCACUUCUGGGAUGGAUUGCCAUUUUGUGUUAAAAUCUCUAAGUCCGUACAUGCCUCCACAAUCAUUUAUAAGUUAUGUAAAAUUUUAUACAUAAAUUAUCAUUACUAUAUGAUUUACCUAUUUUUUUCAGAAAAAAAAAUCUCAUCUACAUAUCUAAAUAUUAAAAAUAAAAUAUUUAUCUGAAAAAGAAGUUAAACAUAAAAGGGAAAUCAAAUAAAGAAUAAGUG